AACUCUGUGUUAAUUAGUUCUCUUGUUCCCAUACCUUCCAAUUCUCCAUUCAAGAAAACAAAAAUCUUCAGAAUUUCAGAGCUUCGAGGAGCCAUGGAUUGGGUUCGCGGCGAAACGUUGGGGCGCGGGAGUUUCGGGAAGGUGAGCUUGGCGGUGCCGAGAAGCCACGGGAUCGCCGGAGCUUCGCCGGCGAUGGUAGUAAAGUCGUGCGGGGUUUCGUGUUUUGAUUCGUUGAUGAACGAGAAAGCUGUACUAGACGAGCUCCGAGGUUGCCGAGAGGUUAUUCAAUGUUUCGGAGAUUGCUACAGUUUCGAGAACGGCGAGAAGUUGUACAAUGUGUUGUUGGAGUUCGCUUCUCAAGGGGCUUUAGCGGAUAAGGUGAAGAAUUCGGAGAAUCGUAGGUUGUCGGAGAUUGAGAUUCGGAAGUAUAGCAAAGCUCUGCUUCGCGGGCUUGGGUAUAUUCAUAAAUUUGGGUAUGUUCACUGUGAUAUUAAGCUUCAGAAUAUUUUGUUGUGCGAAGAUGGAGAGGUUAAGAUUGGGGAUUUCGGAUUGGCUAAGAAAAAUGGGGGGGAAAAAUUGGGGUGUGAAUUGAGGGGUACGCCGAUGUAUAUGUCGCCGGAGAUGGUGAACGGCGGCGAGCAGGGGCCGGCGGCGGAUAUUUGGGCACUUGGGUGCGCGGUGGCGGAGAUGGCCACCGGAGCUCCGGCGUGGAAAUAUUCCGACGUGGCAGAGCUUUUGAUGAGAAUCGGUGUCGGCGAGGAAAUCCCGGAAAUUCACGGGAAAUUGUCGGUCGACGGCCAGGAUUUUCUGGGGAAGUGUUUUAUAAAGGACCCAAGAAAGAGAUGGACGGCUGAGAUGCUCCUGAAUCACCCCUUCAUCUCCGGCGAAGAAAACGGCGCCACUGUUUCAUUAGAAGCUUCAGCUCCAUCGCCUUCCCCUAGAUGCCCUUUCGAUUUCCCGGAUUGGGUAUCGGAAUCAUCUUCAAUUACAUCUUUACCCCGACCGGAAUCGGAAUAUUCGCCGGCGGACAGGCUGCGGGGAAUAGUCAGCCACCAAUCCCCCAAUUGGUCUCAAGAUUCCGACGAGUGGGUCAACGUUAGAUGAUGUCAAGUGUCAACUGUAAACCUCCAAAAACUUCAGAGUUUCCACGAUUUUUUUUUGGGCGGCUCUGAUAUUUUUUCACCUUAAUUUUAGCAGCCAGCGUGAUUUUUGUUCAUUAAUUUUUUUGUUUUUUAAUGUACAUAAUAGAGGGUAGAUACAGAGGAUGCUGGCUGGUAGUGGCAGUGUUUUGACUAUACAGUCAAUAGUUUCAGAUUUUACAGUUAAUGAAUGAAUUGAAUUGAAUCGAAAUCAAAUUGUUGUUAGGC